AUGAAUACCAAUAUCUCAGUUGAGGAAUCCACUGCACCGGUGGAAAUCUUCCGCACGGACUAUGAACCCUUGCCGCACGCUGUCACGAAGAUUAAUAUGGAUUUCAACUUGAAUGAUCGCAAAACCAUUGUGACUUCGGAGCUCACCAUUCAGCCAAACAAAUUAUACAAGGGUAAUUCCAAGGACCUUCCAUUGGAUGGUGAAGAAAAGAUCGUCAAGCUGUUGUCUUUGUCGAUGAAUGGCAAGGACCUGAAAGAAGGUGAUGACUUUACAUUGGCACCCGGCAAACUUGUCAUUAAGAAUCCUCCUGCUGGAGCUGUUCUCAAGACGGUGGUUGAACUUGUCCCAGAGGAUAAUUUCAAACUAUCGGGUCUCUACAAGACCGGUCCCAUGUAUUGUACACAGUGCGAAGCCAUGGGAUUCCGCAGAAUCACAUACUAUCCUGACCGUCCCGACAACAUGGCCAUUUUUGAAAAGGUCCGACUCGAAGCUGACAAGAAAGCAUACCCCGUCUUGUUGGCCAAUGGAAACAUGAUUGACAAUGGUGAUCUUGAUGGUGGACGCCACUACGCAACAUGGACCGAUCCUUUCCCCAAGCCAAGUUAUUUAUUUUGUUGCGUAGCUGGUGACUUGGGUAAGAUCCAUGAUACCUACACCACAAUGUCUGGUCGAAAGGUCGAUCUCCAAGUCUUUAGCGAAAGCCACAACGUCCAUAAGCUCGAUUAUGCUAUGGAAUCUUUGAAGAAUAGUAUGAAGUGGGACGAAGACAGAUUUGGACUCGAAUAUGAUUUGGACCUCUACAACAUUGUUGCCGUGGACUCGUUCAACAUGGGAGCCAUGGAAAACAAGGGUCUGAACGUUUUCAACACUGCUUACGUCCUUGCCGAUAAGGAUACUGCCACGGAUUCCGACUUUGAACGUGUCGAAGGUGUGAUUGGACACGAGUACUUUCACAAUUGGACAGGCAACCGUGUGACCUGUCGUGAUUGGUUUCAAUUGACUCUGAAGGAGGGUUUGACAGUGUUCCGUGACCAAGAGUUCUCGGGUGACAUGAACUCAAAGGCCGUCAAACGUAUCGAAGACGUCCGCGCUCUCCGAGGUGGACAGUUUGCCGAAGAUGCCGGCCCAAUGUCGCAUCCUAUCCGUCCAAACUCUUAUAUCAGCAUGGACAAUUUCUACACUGCUACAGUAUACAACAAGGGAGCUGAAGUGAUUAGAAUGUAUCAAACCUUGCUCUCUGUGGAAGGUUUCCGUAAGGGAAUGGAUCUCUACUUUGAACGACACGACGGAUCAGCUGUCACCUGUGAUGACUUUUUGGCGGCCAUGGCGGAUGCCAAUGGAGCUGAUUUAAGUCAGUUUUCGCUUUGGUACUUUACCAAUGGAACUCCAGUUGUCACGUAUGACGCCAAGUAUGAAAAUGGUACCUUUACUCUAUUACUGACUCAAAAGAGCAAGAGUGACAAACCAUUGCACAUUCCCAUUUCGGUUGGUCUUUUAGAUAAGGCAUCUGGAGAGGAGGUUGUUCCCACAAAGGUGCUGAACUUGAAGGAGAUGACCCAAGAAUUCAAAUUUGAUGGUCUUAAGGGAGAAGUUGUGCCCUCCAUUCUUCGAGAGUUUUCUGCUCCUAUCAAGCUUAUUUCUGCUUCCGGCAAGGAAGAUGAGGAAGCUCUGGCCUACUUGGCAGCUCGCGAUACGGAUGGUUUCAACAAGUGGGAAGCUUCUCAAAAAUUGUUCACUUCGCUAAUCUUCCAGGCAAAGGAUGGUGGAAUGACUGAGAAGACUUAUGGAUAUGUCAAGGAGGCAUUUGGACGAACCUUGACUAACAAGGAAUCCAAAGAUUAUUCCAUCAUUGCGUAUGCUCUUAUUAUGCCAACACAGAACACUCUUGCCGAGUUGGUAGACGUGGUGGAUCCAGUCGCAAUUCACAAAGCCCGAGGUGCUGUCAAGAAGCGCCUUGCCCGAGACUUUGCUACUGAAUUGAAGGAACGAUAUGACGAGCUAACGGCGGCAAUGGAAGGAGCCGAGUUCAAGGUCGAUUCGGAAUCCAUCGGAAGGCGCCGUCUACGAAAUGUCUGCUUGGGCUACCUUUGUGAGAUCUACGAGACACCAGAGGAACAAAAGGUUGCUUCUGAAAUCGCAAUGGCUCAUUUCAAGAAUGCUUCGGGAAUGACCGAUAAGGCCGCCGCACUCGGGGCAUUGGCUUCCAUGGAUGGGGAAGGGGCAACUGCUCGUGAUGAGGCUCUGGAGAUCUUCUACAAUGACGCCGCUGGUGAUUUUUUGGUAUUGAACAAGUGGUUCACAAUCCAAGCCAUGGCUGACUUGCCCGAUGCAUUGGAUCGUGUCAAGAAGUUGAAGGAACACCCUGACUUUACUCUAAAGAACCCCAACAGAUGCAGAUCAUUGGUUCGUGCAUUUACUGCCAACGUUGCAUUCCACGACGAAAGUGGGGCAGGGUAUGCCUUCUUGCGGGAAGUCUUGGAAGAAUUGGACACGCUGAAUCCUCAAAUCUCCAGUCGAAUGGCGGGUGCUUUGAUUUCAUGGAAAAAGUACAACGAGAAGCGGGGAUUGGUCAUGAAGGCGGAACUUCAGAAGUUGGCGGACAUGAAGCCAAUUAGUGCCGAUUUGUUUGAGAUUGUAAGCCGAGGCUUGAAGUAG